CCGAACGAAUGGCGUACAUCCGCCCUCCCUCGAUGGACGAGAGGCUGGAGAAGGAUUACCUCGCGGCCGCGCACUGGGCGACACUGCGGGAGAAGGCGGUCGAGGAGGCGGCGGCCGGCUACAACAUAUCGACCGACGAGUACCUCGCAGCAAUGGACCUGAACGCCUCCACCAUGUUCCAAGCGCGCCCGGCUCUGAUGGAUGCGAUGGAAGCGGAUUACAUGCACGCCUUCAUCAUCGCCGACACGCGAGAGGCCAAGAGGCGGGAGAGCGUCGAGGACAACACGUCCCGCGCGGACAAGUGGGCCUUGCGAUGCAUGAUGGCGUGAUGCGGCUUUGGCGCAUUGGCCCGGGGACAGCGAUUGGGGACUGGCGCCUCCGUCACCCCGCCCGAACAGUCGUUGCCCGAGCGUUCACGUGGUCGGUGCUGGUAGUCAGCGCACGACCGUUGUCGACCGUUCGCCGUGCUCGCUCCCUUCUGUUCCUGGUCGGACGGGAGCAUCUAGAGCUCUGCGGAGAGUGCGCAUCUCACACAAAACUCACUUUGUGACUUAUCCUACUCACUUCACCACU